ACAGUAGUCAUUUAGUAUUGUAGCGCUGCGGUUGUAUCGCUGUCUAGUGUUUAUGUGCGAAAUGUUUUGCGGUAAAGUCGAGGCGAAUUUGAAGUUGCAGCAGUUGGCAGUGAAAUGCAAGGAAAAGUGCCUGGAUCCGAAAGCAUUCAGUUGUGUACAGAAAGUUUUGUGUAAAAAUGAAAACAAAAAUGCGAGUAUACGAUGGAAAUUGUUAAAAUUUUGCUUAAUUUUUAUUCUAUCGGUUUAUGGAUAUAACUAUUUCUGCAGGGAAAUGUCAUCAAAGCGCUGCCUACUGGAGUUGCCAAGAACACUUCGAUAUGCUUUUCGACCUUCUGAAGACUGCAGCUUUUGUAAAAAAAUAGAAAAUGCAAUUCGUUUACGUGGAAUAACAAGUGAGGAAUUCGCAUCGAGAUAUGCCAAUGGGGGAGGGCCAGUCAUAGUGGAGGAUGCUACAAGAAAUUGGACAGCACCAAUUAAAUUCAAUUACUGGUACUUCCGCGACAUUUAUUCCAAUGCAAAACGCAAACAAAAAAUACUUGAUUGUCAGUUUCUACCCUACCAGACAGGCUUCAAGAACCUUUACAAAGCUUUGGAUAUGCCUAAAGAGCGCGUGGAGUUAAAGCCUGGCUAUCAGCCGUGGUAUUUUGGCUGGAGUAAUUGUAAUCCUGAGACAGCUGAAGAAUUCCGUAAGCAUUAUGGGCGUCCCUACUUUCUUCCACCCACAGCCGAAAACCACGCGGUAGAUUGGUUCUUCAUCGGCACAGCUGGACUGGGUGCACACAUGCAUAUCGACAAUGUACGUUUACCAUCGUGGCAAGCCCAGCUGUCGGGCAGCAAACGUUGGCUACUCGCUCCACCACCGGAGUGCUACUUCAAAUGUAAACGCUUCGACACAAUCGUUCGAAAGGGGGACAUAAUUGUUUUGGAUACCAAUAAGUGGUACCACCAGACGUUUGUGCAGCCGGGGGAAGUCAGUCUUACCAUUGGCGCUGAGUAUGACUAAGUAAUAUCGAAAGUUCCAUGUAAACAUUCUCUUGAAACAAAGCUUGAUAUUAAGUGACGUUAAUUUCAUUUAUAUUAUUUUUAAGUUAAAUUUUAUAUAUAUUAAAUUUAAGUUAAAAAAAAUAACUGAAAAAUAAACAAAGACCUCCUACAUACUGUCACAAAGUCAUAUCAAGCUUCUUAUAAAAAGUUUCUGUUUUGAAAUUGACUCGAUUAUUUUACGAAUGGAAGAACCAAUAAUAACAUAAUAGUGAUAUAUAUAUGAUGGUUUAUGUGCAGCCACACUCAGUUAUACAUUUGACCCUUUUAAUUUCUUGCAACCAAAAUUAUAAGAUAUUUUUAA